AUGAAGAAACACAACUGCAGAAUUAAUGUCACUGACGGAGUUUUCAAGUGUGGUAAAGAAGAAAUCUUCAUUCUUGGUGGUGCUUGCGGGAAAGUUGCAUGUGUAAAGAAAGUCAUUAUACCUGGAAGAGCGGAAGCUCGGGUGUUGGUGAAACUACCGACAACUGGAAAGAAAAAGUCAAACAGAUGCGUAUUGAUCGAAGACACACCUGCCAAGACAUCGGCGCAAAAACUGAUGACGGCGAGAACCCUUGUUAAUGGAAGCAGUAACGCUGUGGUCAAGGUUUUGAACCUUGAUGAUCGCGAGAUCUGCUUGAACAAAGGUGACGUCAUUGGAAAAUGUGAAGAAGUUGUCUGGAUGAAAAAGUGUAGUUCGAUGACAGGCGCAGACUUGGCAAAGAGCAACAACUACGAAUUAGUGACUGAGCUACUCGAUGACUGCAAGAGUAAUCUUACUUAUUCGCAGAGCAUGAAAGCCAAGAAGUUUUUACAGCGCUACGCGAAUAUCUUCUCCAGUCACGAAGGGGACCUUGGAAGAACGUCGAUGGUCCAGCACAGAAUAGAUACCGGAAGCGAGAGACCAAUUCGUCAACGAGCAAGACGGAUACCAAUCGCAAAGGAAAAAGAAGUUGAAGGUGGAACACCGCAGCGGAAAGAUGCAUGGAAAUGCCGAUGCACUCUCAAGAAGGCCGUGUCCGGAAGACUGCAAACAUUGUGUUAA